UACUGGAACGCUGCCCGAGUCGGGUCGAGUCAGCAAAUUGAAAACGCCGUAACACAGUAGAUUAACAACCUAUCGGAGACUCAAAAGUUGUUAACUCGGAAACUCAAAUGUUUUAAAUAUUGUUCAAAGAUUGAGGUUAUAAGAUUUCUCUGAGGACGGUGCACCAAGUUAGCUACAUUGCGUCACACUGAAAGAAAUACACGAUGGCGCAAAGUAGGUUGGAAAAAAUCGGUACGGUAUAUUCCAGGGUUAGCUCACUGUUACGUGGUGGAGCCAUGAAGUCGGAGGAUGCGCCGUUGUGGUUGGCAGUGUAUGAAGCUUUUCCUCCAAAAUACGAACCUAGAUUUGACAGACAAUUACCAAGCAAGCCUAUCACACCUAUUUUUUAUAAAGAAGAUCUCGUACGAGCGAGAUUUCAUAAAGAUCAGGGCUUUAUACCGGCUACUAAUUUGGGAAGAGAAAAUAUAAAAACUGCGAGCCAAAAUUUCUUAUCUAUGUACAAAAUGAUACAAAAGGAGGAAGGAUUAUCAAUGGACGCUGCAUACGAGCGGGCAAUGCAUCAAUAUAAGGCUGAGGUGGAGGCAAGAAUAGAAUUUAGCAAAACCAGGAAUGAAUCGUCCAACAAUCGUGCAUGACUUCAAAGUAUGUUGUAAUUCUAUAAGUUUAAUAGUAAAUUUAGUUUUUAAUAAAAGCUGUUUUAAAAAAAA